UUUUCAUUUCAACCUAUACAGCAGCGAGUGGUUCCAACACAGCAGCAGUGUGGUGCUCGGUUGGCUGGCUGAGCUCGUCUGCCGUCACCGCCGGCGUCCGUCCUCCUCCCGUGUCGCCGGCGAAUCCAGUCUUCCAUCGAGCAAUGACCUAGAAUCCGAAUCGUCGAAGAUGGAUGCCGCGCCGCCGGGGCAGAGGCCGCGUCUUCCGUUGCCGGGCGCGGCGGCGGAUGUCCUGGAAUCCCUCCCUCCGGAGCUCCUCAACGCCAUCCUCUCCCGCCUUCCCCUCCGCGACGCCGUCCGCACCUCAGCCCUCGCCCGCGCCUGGCGCCGCCGCUGGCAGUCCGUCCCCUCCCUCAAGUUUGAAUGGGACGAGAGAGCGAACCCCGGCGCAGUCACCUGCGUCCUCCAGCGCUACUCAUACCCCGUCCGCGAGUUCCGCCACUCAGCCGUCAGGGAGGCGUCGUUCCGCGAUUCCGACCGCUGGCUCCGCCUCUUGGAGCUUAAGGGGGUCCAAAUCCUCCAUCUUGAUUUCCGCCGGUCACAUAGAGGUUUGGUCGUCCACACGCUGGAUUCCAGCAUCUUCUCCUGCCGCGAGCUCACAUCUCUCUAUCUUCGAGGCUGUGAUGUCCCAACCACGCCCCCAGGCUUCGCAGGGCUCCCAAAUCUAACCUCUCUACGCCUAAGCAAUGUCGGCUUUCCAGAAGGCGCGAGGGAGUUGCAGUUGUUAAUUGCUACAUCCCCAAUGCUUGAAGCACUGUCUCUAACACUGUUGCGGCUUCCUUAUAGUGAUGACGGGAAUGGUCAUUGGGUUAUUCAGGCUCCCAAACUUCGUUUCUUUCAUAUAGCUGACAUUUUGUAUCAUGGGUGGAUGAUUAGUGAUCUCCCAUCCCUUGAGGAAGCCCGUAUCGAGUGUCCCUUUGACCAUGAUUUCGUCAAGCAUAUGGCAGGGUUGGCUCGGGCCAGGUCCCUCCACCUGGAAAUAGAGGUAGGAGAUGAUAACAUUCUGGAGGGACUCUCCUGCACCUUCAAUGAUCUGAAGUGUUUAACACUGGAUACAAGCCUGAGCCUAUUGUCUAGUGUUUUAUCUGUAUUCUGUCUGCUGAGGAAUGCUCCGAAACUUGAAAAUUUGUAUUUUGAGGUCAAUGAUAUAUCUUCUGAGCAUGAUGAAGUUGACAUUGACUUUCUGAAUGCACAAUGGACUGGUGAUAUGCUCUCCAAACUCAUAUGUAUUAAUGUGGUUGGUAUGAUUUGCACGCUAAGUGAGAUGAAUUUUAUCAAGUUUGUAUUGUCCAAGGCAAGACGGCUUGAAGAAUUCCAUGUCUGUAUUGAUGAAGAUUGUUCAAAAUCUAAUGAAGCUGUGGUUACAGAGUUGGUAAAAUAUAGGAGAGCUUCUCCACGAGCCAAGGUCUUCUUUGAACGCAUGUCAGAUGGUUAACGUUUGGAGUGUUGUGGGAAAUUUGACGUUGUAAACUUAAGCUUAUAUGCUCUAGAAGGGUGUGAAUGAAUCAAGCCGUGAACUCUGUGAACGCCGUGAACAAUAUAAUGUAGAACUUAGUUUUUCAGGUGUAAAAUUUCCUUAAGACUCUUUUGGCUUAAGACUCAUGAAAUGUAACUGGGAUUGCAAUAAAAGCAAACCAUGUGAUAAUCUAUCGGUAUUUCUGGAUCUUAA